AUGGUUGUGUCUUGUCCGGCUCGUGUUAUUAGUAGUAAGAAGAAGACGAGAGGUCGUCAUGGAAUUCCAACCAUUGACUUAUCCAGUGAGGACAGGGCAAGGCUUUCCGACCAAGUAGUGAAAGCAUGCGAAGAGGUUGGGAUUUUUAAGGUGGUAAACCAUGGUGUCUCCGACAAGACAGUUGCAAGCAUGGAAAUGGAAGCUCUAAGCUUCUUCUCGAAGCCCGCGGCAGAGAAGCGGCGAGCGGGGCCCGCAACUCCGUUUGGGUACGGCUGCAACGCAAUCGGCUGCAACGGGGACAAGGGCGACCUGGAAUAUAUUCUUCUGGAAGCUAAUCCGGGUUCCAUAUCCCCAACCGCUCAUUAUUCGCUCAACUUCAGGUGCGUGGUGAGGGAUUACGUAGACGCGGUUAGGAACGUGGCGUGCGAGGUUCUUGAGGUGGCGGCGGAAGGGCUAAGGGUGCAAGACAAACGGGUUUUUAGCAGGAUGCUUAGGGACCCACAGAGCGACUCGUGUUUCAGGGUCAAUCACUAUCCCCAUAAUGCAUCUUCUUCCUUCGGGGAGCACACUGAUCCUCAGAUCUUGACCGUUUUGAGAUCGAACGACGUGGACGGGCUCCAGAUUAGGACCCGUGACGGGUUGUGGGUCCCGGUUCCUGCUGACCCGAAACACAUGUUUGUGAUGGUGGGAGACGCUUUUGAGGCGCUGACCAAUGGGAGGUUUAGGAGCGUGAGGCAUAGGGUGGUGGGGAGCUGUUCGUUAUCGUUAAAGGCGAGAACGUCAAUGAUGUAUUUUGGAGCUCCGGGGCUAAACGCAGUGAUAUCUCCCCUAGUGUCGCCGCCGCACACUCGUGUACUCUAUAAACCAUUCACCUGGGGAGAGUACAAGCAGGCCGUUUACUCUUUGCGUCUCGCCCACAAUCGUCUAGCCCUAUUCAACAACUAA